UUCAUCGAGUCUGCCAUGUUUUGUCCUACUUGUCGCGCUUGAUCAACGCGUUCGCGAUUUCUGUUCCAAACUACUAUUUUUCUGAAUGUAUUACAGGCUGUGUUUUGUUUACAAAUAGUGUAGUUUAUGACUCUGUAAUUAUUUAAUUGUAGCUUUAUAUUAAGCUACCACUUUUGAUACUCGUGUGAAUAAUGGUGUAGUUCGUAUUUCAUCAAAUUUUAAAACCGUUCAAAAGCUUGCCACAGUUGUAAUCUGUAUUCGGUGAAUCCGUCGCAAUUUUUGGAAACGUUUGUUCGUGUCUGCCGUGGUGAUUACCCAUCACAUCGGUUCUGUGACGCAACCCACGUGCACAUAAUAGAGCAAGCAUCUCAUGCACAUUUGUUAUUAUUUUGUUCGCGGCUCGCGAGUUCGUUUCUAAGCUGUGAGGAUCGAAUCGGAUCGAAGAAGGGAAAUCGCAUCGUCUGUCUUGCUCCCUCACGGCGCGUUCCAUUCUGUUGCAUUUAUUCAUUUUCAUUAAUCGAAAUAAGUUUUUUUUUCAUUCGGGUGUGCAUAAUUGUUUUCGUGCGCGAAGGCUAGUGUUUGUUGGUGGUGCGAGCGCUGUGGAGGCGCACGGUACACGUGACGCGGGCCGAGUGUUUGGGUGUCAGUGGUCGGUGGGCGCGCGUACUCCGGUUGCACUCUGCAGUGCGGCGUGCGUCGUGCGUCGGAGGUGAUUCACCGGGCGGCUUGUUGAUCGUGCUUAUUUACCCGCGAGUGCAUCACAAGUGCGUGGAGGAAGUGCAAAGGCAUGUGUGGCGCGCGACGGCGCCGAUGACACCGCCGUCCGGGGCGACGGCGAUUUAAAACAGUGAACCGUGUGUUAGCUAUGCGUUUCGGGUUAUGAGUGUGUGACAAAGUUGAAGGGUGCUGAGGACACUGGAGCCCCUAGACGGAGUUGGGCCCGCCGGGGCGGCCCUGGUGCUUCUUGGGGCUCCUCACGAAGGCAAAAUGGCAGCGUGGAACCGCCAUCACCACUUCAACAUGCUCAUGGAUGAGAAUGCCAAAAACAAAUUGGGCGUUGUGGGCGGCGGCAUGCCGGAGGGCGCGGGCGGCGAGCGGCGGCACGUGCCGCUGUACGGGCGGCUGGUGGCUGAGGACCAGCUGCCCUCGAUGAGCGCGCCGUCCGACAUUCAGGUGAGCGCUAGAGCGCGCAACACCCGAGCUUUCUGCCGCUACCGUUACCCUCAACAGGCCAUGCAGGCGAGAAUACCACACCACUUUCGAGAUCCUUCAACAGCACCGUUAAGGAAACUCAGCGUGGAUCUUAUCAAGACUUACAAACACAUUAAUGAGGUUUACUAUGCAAAGAAGAAGCGGAGAGCGCAACAGUACCUUGGAGAUGACGGUUCACAUAAGAAGGAGAGAAAGUUAUACAACGAUGGGUACGACGACGACAACCACGACUACAUCAUCAAACAGGGAGAGAAGUUCCUGGACCGGUACGAAAUCUCCUCGCCCAUAGGAAAAGGAUCCUUUGGACAGGUUGUGAAAGCGUACGACCACGAGGAGCAGUGUCAAGUAGCGAUAAAAAUAAUUAAAAAUAAGAAACCCUUCCUAAACCAGGCACAAAUAGAAGUCAAGUUACUAGAAAUGAUGAACAGGGCAGAUGCCGAAAAUAAGUAUUAUAUAGUGAAACUGAAGCGUCACUUCAUGUGGCGGAACCACCUGUGCCUCGUGUUUGAGCUGCUGUCGUACAACCUGUACGACUUGCUGCGCAACACCAACUUCCGCGGUGUCUCGCUCAACCUGACCCGCAAGUUCGCGCAGCAGCUAUGCACCGCCCUACUGUUCCUUAGUCAACCAGAAUUAAAUAUAAUUCACUGUGAUCUUAAGCCUGAGAAUAUUUUGCUAUGCAACCCGAAGAGAUCAGCCAUCAAGAUUGUUGAUUUCGGCAGUUCAUGUCAACUAGGUCAAAGGAUAUACCAGUACAUCCAGUCGAGGUUCUACCGGUCGCCAGAGGUGCUGCUUGGCAUCCCGUACGACCUGGCGAUUGACAUGUGGUCGCUGGGCUGUAUCCUGGUGGAGAUGCACACCGGCGAGCCCCUCUUCAGCGGCGCCAAUGAGCUCGAUCAGAUGAACAAGAUUGUCGAAGUGCUCGGCAUGCCACCGGACCAUUUGCUCGACCAGGCGCACAAAACCAGAAAGUUCUUUGACAAAUUACCGGCGUCAGAGGGCGGCGGAUACGUAUUGAAAAAAGUUAACGGAAAAGAUGGCAGCGGGUACCGCAAGUACCGGCCGCCGGGGUCUCGGCAGCUGCACGACAUCCUGGGAGUGGAGGGCGGAGGACCAGCCGCGAGACGUCGCGGCGAGCCUGGACACUCCGUCUCUGAUUACCUCAAGUUUAAGGAUCUGAUCCUGCGCAUGCUGGAGUACGAUCCGAAGCAGCGAGUGACACCAUACUACUCGCUGCAGCACAACUUCUUCAAGCGCACCGCGGACGAGGCCACCAACACGCAGCAGGCGCAGGCGCAGUCCCACCACCAGCACGUGGGCGGCGCGCGGCUGUGGGGCCCGGCCGAGCGCAUGGAGGUGGAGAGCGUGCGUCGCGACGACGACAUGCUGCCCGUCUGCCAGCUGCAGCACAGCCCCGUCGCCAUACACUAGCGCGAGCUCGGCGCCCGCGCGCCCCCCGCACCUCCCGCACCCCACGCGCCCCACGCGCCCCA